GCAAGAACGCAGAAUAAACCCAGGUGAAUAUACAGGAAGCAGUGUAUUGACACGUUUGACGGCUAGAUUGCGUUAUCUGGAACAGAAACAUGGAUAAUAUCCAGCAGGUCCCACAAAUGACACAUCAAGUGAUAAAAUGUAUUGAAGAGGACGACUUAACAAAUCUUAAAAAGUUACUGCGAGAAAACCCUAUAAAUGCUCUUUAUCCGUAUAGUAAACUAAAUGAUAAUGUAACCCCUCUGACUGCUGCUGUUGUAAACCAUAACAUGCGUUUGUGUAAAUACCUUCUAGAACAAGGUUCAGAACCAAAUAUUCCCUCGUCAAAUAUGUGGACACCUUUGCAUUAUGUCUCACAAGCCAAAGCUCCAAUUGGUUUUGUAGAAAAACUUCUUAAAGCGAAAGCAGAUCCAAAUGGGUGGAGGCCCGGGGUACUUGUUAUGCCUACACCACUACAAAUUGCUGCCAGUAAGGAAAGAGACGAUGUUGUCGAAAUGCUCCUCUCUGCUAAAGCAAUGUCAUCGUUGUUACCAAUAACAGAUCUCGACAGUUUGAAAAUCAACAAAAACAUAGCUCGAAUUGUUCAUAAAUUAGGAUCUAAAGGAAAUGUCUGGUCCAAAAUCUAUUAUGUUGGGAUUGCAAAAUUACUCUCAAAUGUAAGGCGGUUUUAUGACAGUCCAACCAAAGCAUCACCAUUAAGAAAAAGAAAUCGAGUCAGCAAAAGGUGGAAUGAGAAACUUGAAAAACUCGUAAGCAUUGAUGAAAGCAAAGUGACAAGAAUAGGGGGCAUUAUUUAUGUAAAUAAUGAAGAAUUUUACAUAGCAAAGGGAAGUGAUGGAACUGUAGUACUCAUAGGACUGAGAGAUGAUGGCACAGAAGUUGCAAUUAAAAAAAUAUCUAAAAGCAACUAUAAAACUCUGAAAAAUGAGAAAACAAUCUAUCAAGAUCCAAAUAUAUAUCAUCACUCUAUUGUACGAUACAUUGAUUAUUUAGAGGAUGAAAAUUUUGGAUAUCUUGCUCUCCAGCUUUAUGAGUACACUUUGGAAGAACACAUCAGUGCUGGUAGUAUUAGUGCCCUCCAGAGAAAGAUACUUGUCUUAGAGCUUCUUGAAAGCUUAAAAGUGCUUCACUGUCAAAAUCCUCAGAUUCUCCACCGUGAUCUAAAGCCACAGAACGUUUUAAUCGGUAAGAACAUUCAAGAUUUUAUCUUUGUAAUGCUCAUGCUGUAGAUCAGUUUCUCAUAUUGACAUGAUAUAACAAUGCUGAGUAGUCUGGACUGUUGUUCUUUGUCUAUAUUGGUUAUUAUUGUUUGUUCCUCAUAGUAAUAGCGACCAAUAAAUAGGAUAAUUCUUUAGGUUUGCAAAUAAUAUAAGCAGAUAUUUAUCAAGUUAGAAAACUAGUUCUAUAGUAUACCAUACAGACUUUGCACUACAUUAUCAUCUCACUAUUCAUUUCCUGUAGCUGACCAUUAUGUCAAAAUUCCCUGUAAGAAUACUUCUUUAUUUUAAUCUUCAGAACUGAAAUCAUAAUAUAUCUUCCACACUACUCCCUUUUCAUGAUUUGUCCUCCAGAUGUUAAGGGGAAAUUAAGAUUGGCUGAUUUUGGGCUAAGUCGACGCUUACCCAAAGACCAAACAAUAGCUGCAGGAACAAAGAGCUGGAAAGCCAGAGAGACUCUAGAGGAGGGGUGCAUUGUGUCAUACAAGUCAACCACUGAUGUACAGGCUGCAGGGAUGCUGAUGUAUUAUAUCCUGUCUGGAGGAAAACACCCAUUCAACGUCAGCAAAUCCUUUCAGCUGGAAUCAAACAUUGAUGAAGGGAAGUACAGUUUGGAUGAUGUUCAGGAUGUUGUGGCAAAAGAUCUUAUUGAAUGGAUGAUCAACAAAGAACCAACAGACAGACCUAGAGUUGAACAAUGCCUGAGUCACCCCUUCUUUUGGCCAUAUGUGAAAAAAGUUGAAUACCUGAAAAAAGUUGGUAACAGAAAGGACGUGGCAAAAUAUCAAAAUGCAGACCAGGAACUUAUUGACUCGCUUGAAAAAUAUGCAACUCAUGGAGCUUUCUCACAGUGGAAGAAAAAGUUUCCACAAGAACUGGUUCAAAAGAUGGAUGGCAAGAAAAAAAUCUACCCUAACACCAUUCUGGGAUUGCUGCGUUUCAUACGCAAUAUGCUUGAGCACUAUGUUGAAGAUGCUUCCAAAAUUGUCAUCCUUGAAAAAUUUCCUGAUCUAUUUGGAUGUGUCUUCAAGUACGCUAAAGACAAAGGGUGGAAUCAACAGAUCCCACUGAAUGAAAUGUUUCAGAAUGAAGACUCUUGCAGCAUCUUUGUGAUACCAUCCCCAAACAUCGAGGAGCAGCUGGCGGUUCCAGUUCAGGAGUCUCAACCCAGCAACUUGGAUUGAAUUCAAAUUCUGAAUUCUAACCCUGUUUACUCAGAUUCCCUUAAUAAAAUCAAGAACUGAAUUUUGUUUU